AUGCCAAAAUAUUACUGUGAAUAUUGCGAUAUAUAUCUAACACAUAGUUCACCAGUAGGUAGAAGACAACAUAAUCAAGGUAGAAAACAUAUUAGUGCAAAAAUUGAAUAUUUUCAAAAUUUACUAAGAGAAGAAGGUAUUACACCUCAAAAUUUUUUAGGGUUUUUAGGAAAUCAAGGAUAUAAUAAUGCUUUAGCAAAUCCAAUGAUGAAUAAUUUUAUGCCUGGAAAUUAUAAUGCAUAUAUGAAAUAUAACCCUAUGAGAAAUUAUCAUCAUUCAAAUAGAAAUCCAAAUUAUCAGCAUUCUAUUGGUAUGCAUAAUAAUAAAUAUUCAAGAGCAGGCUAUGUUCCCCCUGGCUCUAAUAAAUAUCCAAACAAUCAUUUCCACAAUAAUAAGCGUAUUAAUAAUAUUCAAAAGCCUUAUAAUAAUUUUGAUAAUAAAAAUAAUAAUUAUAAUAACAAGCCAAUCACAAAUAGUUCAUAUAAAAAUGAUAAACAAGAUUAUAGAAAUAAUAAUGAGAAUAAUGAUAAUAUGAAUAGUAAUCAUUUUUCAAAUUAUCAAAUGAAUAAAGAAAAUGCAAAUUUUGUAAAUAAAAAUAAUGAGUAA